ACCAAAAAUGUGUUGGCACGAGAUAAUGGUUCCAACCACAACUUGGGUCAUUCCCGUGACUACAACAAAUUGCUCCACCUCUUACGGGCAUUUGACUGAGGUGCACUCAAACAUCCAGGGAAGAAGCGGGGCAGCGUCUUUCUGACUCGCAAACACUGAGUCUCUACCUGACCUGAAACCUUUCUACUGCCCAGUCGAGCAGAUCAUGGACAAAGGUCAGGGCUCCGCUAUGGGUCCAGCGCCACCGUACCCUGGUCCCCCUGCACAGCCAGUCUACGCGCCCCAGCCCCAGCCUCAGUAUGUGGUCCAGCCUCAGCCUGUUACUGUCGUCCAGCCUCAGCCCAUUGCUGUUGUCCAGCCAGCAGCUUCAGUCGUGUACACCCCUCAACAGCCGCAGGUCAUUCGAACGGUUAACCAGGUGAUGGUUGUGCAGCAGAUGCCGACUAACGCUCCUGCACAGAUGGUGUGUCCUCGCUGCCAAACCACUGUUGUCACUAACAUCCGCUAUAAAAAUGGCCUGCUCACCUGGCUGAUCUGUGGCCUACUAGGAGUUUUCCUGAUCUGGCCUUGCUGUUUAAUCCCCUUCUGUGUGAACGAGUGCAAGGAUGUGGAGCACGUUUGUCCCGCAUGCAACAACGUCAUGCACGUCCACACGCGCAUGUGAAGACAGUCAUAGGACCAAACAUCUACACAGGGGCCAAACAUCGGCUGCCACCUUAAAGUGCAUGCCUGCUUGUGUGAAGUGUACAGAAUGUACCUACAUUCAGAGAUCAGAGUCUGAUCAUGUUGUAAAAAUGAGUGAAGAAUCUGUUUAUAUAUUUUGUAAGUGCCUGCAGGAGAUUUUCUUCUUUAAAACUGUCAAACAACUAUAGCUGGAUCACGCGGAACUCCUAACUCUGAUGUUAUUUUUUUAGUGCAAUAUAAAAUGAUUGAAUCAUAUGAACAACCAUGUAAUUUGCAUUGAUGUGUUUGAGCAUUUGCAAAUUCUUAGCAGCUACUCUCCAGUAGAAACAAACCAAUGAAUGUAAUCAUGUAGUGUAUGUGACUGUUAUCACUGCAUUUCUAAUGUUAUACAUAUUAUUAACAUAAUGUGCAACAGUCCA